UUUAAUUGCCUUCCAAUCCCAACAUAUCUGUUUAUAUCCUCCACACAUACGCUCCUCCUUCCCUGCGUUGCACUCUCGUCGACUUCCAUUCCGUACUUCCCCUUUACGAUGGUGAAGACUUCUUCUGCUCGUCUACUCCUCCCUCUCCUCCUCUGCUGUUUUCUUCUCUCCGUUAAGAUCUGCGUUGCCACCGGCACUGCCGACGGAUCCGAGCAAUGGGGCUACGUCGAAGUCCGGCCGAAAGCUCACCUGUUCUGGUGGCGCUACCGGAGCCCGCAGAGGAUCGAGAAUGGCUCCACUCCAUGGCCGACGGUGCUAUGGCUGCAGGGCGGGCCUGGUGCUUCGGGCGUGGGGAUCGGAAAUUUCCAGGAGAUCGGGCCGCUGGAUGCCGACUUGAAGCCUCGGAAAUCGACAUGGCUUCAGAAAGCUGAUCUCCUCUUUGUGGACAACCCGGUGGGAACAGGAUUCAGCUACGUGGAGGACGAGAGCCUCUUCGUGAGGACAGAUGUGGAGGCAGCCGUCGACCUGACUACGCUUCUGAAGAAGCUCUACGGUGAGAACGAGUCAUGGCGGAACAGCCCACUCUUCAUCGUAGCAGAGUCUUACGGAGGGAAGUACGCGGUCACCGUCGCCUUGACCAUCGUCGAAGCCAUUAAGGCCGGGGAAUUGAAGCUUAAGCUUGGAGGUGUUGCUUUGGGAGAUAGCUGGAUAUCACCUGAAGAUUUUGUGUUCUCAUGGGGGCCUCUACUUCGAGAUGUCUCAAGGCUUGACAUCAAAGAUGCAGACAAGUCAAACAUUAUUGCUGAAAGGAUUAGACAAGAGAUAGAGAAAGGUCAAUUUCUUGAUGCCACAAACUCAUGGAGUGAUCUGGAGGGCUUGAUUAUUUCCGGCAGUAAUAAAGUUGAUUUUUAUAACUUCUUAUUGGAUUCGGCGGACGAUCCGAUUUCUCUCACAGCAGUUCAGCAGUCGGAGAAGCUAACAAUGAAGGCAUACCCAACAUACCUGAGCUCCAAGGCUUCCAGCUCUGUUGAUAUUUCAAGCCUCAUGAAUGGUGUGAUCAGGGAAAAGCUUAAGAUAAUUCCAAAAACUGUAAGCUGGGGAAAUCAGUCUGAUGAUGUCUUUAAUUCCCUUUCAAGUGAUUUCAUGAGGCCAAGGAUCAGAGAGGUUGAUGAGCUCCUUUCCCUUGGGAUUAAUGUCACCAUCUACAAUGGACAGGUUGAUCUGAUUUGUGCAACUAAGGGCACUGAGGCAUGGGUUCAAAAGCUGAAAUGGGAAGGGCUAAAGGAUUUUAACAGCAUUGAUAGAACACCUUUAUACUGCACUACUGAGGAACCUGGAGUCACCAAGGGCUUCCUCAAGUCUUACAAGAACUUGCAUUUCUACUGGAUCCUUAAAGCAGGACAUUUUGUACCAGUGGACCAGCCUUGCCUUUCACUCAAGAUGAUCGCUGGCAUUACCCAGUCUCCUGCUGUUUCUUCCUCCUAGAAGAUGAAAUUGUCCCCUGACUUCAAUACAAAAAGGAAUAAAGCAAGUAACGCAUACGCAAUAGCAGCAUGUCCAAUCUGUUCUGUGAUGUAUUCUUCACUCCAUAUUGUUUUCAUAGGAAAGGAAAGAAAUGUGUCGUGGUUGGCUUCAGGGUGUACAAUUUAAUUAGUACGAAAUUGAAAUAUGUUUCAGUGAUUUGUUUGAUGGUACA